ACUGGAACAAUUUUAUGGCCGAAAAUACAAAAACUAUGACAUUUUUCGCGCGCGCAUGGAUAUGUAAAUAAAAUCUUGGCUCUGCGCUGUGCGAAGUCCGAACUGCGAACUCGAAGAAACUCAGACCAGAAAGCAGAAACCCUCGGGUCCUCGAGGACCUCGACGCCUUCUCCUUCUCUUAUCCUCUCUGCCUACUAUCUCGGCCUCUGCAGCUCUGCCCUCUGAUUCUCUUCUCUUUGUCACCUCCUUCUCUCUAAUCUGCAUCUCGAUCCUCUCCGCCUUCUCGCGAUCCGCGGCCCUUCGUGUCCCCCGUCGCCCUUCGCAAUCGGAGAAGACCCCAGUCAUAGCAGAAAGGAGAAAUCUUGAAGUGGAAGCAAGAGAUGGCGCCAAUCGUUCAGAGCUCCCAACCAUGGGUGGAGAAAUAUCGGCCAAAGCAAGUUAAAGAUGUAGCCCACCAGCAUGAAGUGGUUCGAGUACUCACAAGCACUCUCGAAACUGGAAGUUGCCCGCACAUGCUCUUCUAUGGUCCACCCGGCACUGGAAAGACCACAACUGCACUUGCGAUUGCCCAUCAGCUUUUCGGACCUGAGCUUUACAAGUCUAGGGUGCUGGAACUGAAUGCAAGUGAUGAUCGUGGGAUUAAUGUUGUGCGGACAAAGAUAAAGGAUUUUGCUGCCGUGGCUGUUAGUACCAAUCAGCGUAAGAGUGGUUAUCGAUGCCCGCCAUAUAAGAUUAUUAUUCUAGAUGAGGCAGAUUCAAUGACCGAAGAUGCUCAGAAUGCUCUGCGUCGUACAAUGGAGACUUACUCUAAGGUUACAAGGUUCUUUUUUAUAUGCAAUUACAUUAGCAGGAUUAUAGAACCACUCGCUUCAAGGUGUGCAAAAUUCAGAUUUAAGCCACUGUCAGAAGAAAUCAUGAGCAGUCGAAUACUGUACAUUUGCAAAGAAGAAGGGCUUUAUCUUGAUUCUGGGGCUCUUUCAACCUUUAGUUCCAUUUCUCAAGGAGAUCUCCGUAGGGCUAUUACAUACUUGCAGUCAGCUGCCCGCUUAUUUGGAUCUUCAAUUUCUUCAAAGGACCUGAUUUCUGUCUCUGGGGUCAUUGCAACAGAGGUUGUGCAGGCUUUUCUUGCAACCUGUAAAAGUUGUAAUUUUGAUUUAGCAAACAAGGAAGUUAAUGAUUUCAUUGCUGAAGGAUAUCCAGUCUCUCAGUUACUGAUUCAGUUAUUUGAGGCCAUUGUUGAAGCAGAUGAUAUAUCAGAUGAACAGAAGGCAAGAAUAUCCAAGAAAUUGGGUGAAGCUGAUAAGUGCCUUGUUGAUGGUGCUGAUGAAUAUUUGCAGCUUCUUGAUGUGGCCAGCAAUACAAUUCGAGCUUGUUGUAACAUGCCAGAGGGAUUUUCUUUCGAGGGCUAGAUAGGAAUGUAAAAUUGUCCACAUGCAGCUUGUUAAAUCUUUCAAGGGCCAUUUUUAAAAUUCUUGCUGUAGUUAAUUUUAACUUAAAAAAGUGAAAAGCAAUUGCACUCCAAGUGAGUUUUGAGAAAACUCGAGGGCCAUUGAGAUUUGAUUUCUAACGCUCAUCAUCGAUCUACGAUGGGCUUUUUUUUUUUUGUUUUUUUUUUGUUUUUUUAAGGGAGAAAACUCGAGUCUACUGUAAUUCGCCCUUUGUAAUGGUGGCAAGUUCAGAGUCGUGGGUUUGUGGCUUACAAUUGUGUACGUAAUCUGCAUCUAUCAUUUCAUGCUUUCAAAUGGCCAAGGAUUUGACUGAAUCUUUGAAA